ACACAGUCCCUCCUUUACACCCGUGGUUUAUUACAUACACCAGGCAAUAUAUAGGGUGACAUUUGAAGAAAGUAGACUUGGACAAACGUCUCUAUUCAGUUGUUGAGUUAUUAACAGUCGACCUUGUUUUCUUUGAAUCUACAUUAAGUGUUUUUUUUAUCGUGCUUUGGACAUUUCCGCCGUCGAAAAGAAAUUCAUUUUGAUAUGUUGUCCUCCUCACGGUGUGUAAAAUGGCGCUUUGGAUGCAGAUACUAUUGGAAGCUUCUGUUUUUCUUUUUCUUUCUCAACCAUUUGGUCAGAGGACAUAUCCGAUAUUCAAUCCCGGAGGAGAUGAAGAAAGGCUCCCUAAUCGGUAAUGUAGCUCAGGAUCUUGGCUUGGAUCUGAAAAGGCUCCGUUCUGGUCGGGCCCGCAUUGUGACCGGAGAGAGCGUUCAGUACACCGAGCUGAAGACAGACAAAGGGAUUUUGGUGGUGAAUGAGAGAAUGGACCGGGAGCAGCUAUGUGGAGACCUGACGCCGUGUAGUUUUAGCUUCGAGGUGAUUUUAGAAAACCCCAUGGAGUUACAUCCUGUGAAAGUGCUGAUCCAGGACCAGAACGACAACCCUCCUCAGGUUCUGUACCCAGUCCAGACUGGAGGCUCUCUGGUGGCUGAGAUGGUUCCUCGUUCAGCAGAUGUGGGCUAUCUGGUCACUAAAGUGGUGGCUGUUGAUGUGGACUCUGGACAGAAUGCCUGGCUCUCCUACAAACUGCAGAAAGCCACAGACAGGGCGCUGUUUGAAGUGGGCUUACAGAAUGGAGAAAUAAGAACUAUCCGCGGAGUCACUGAUAAAGAUGCAGUGAAACAAAGACUGACUGUGAUCGUGGAGGACAACGGGCAGCCCUCUCGUUCAGCUACAGUCAUUGUUAACGUGGCGGUGGCGGACAGCUUCCCUGAAGUGCUGUCUGAGUUCACUGACUAUACACAAGACAAGGACUACAAUGACAACCUGACCUUCUACCUAGUGUUGGCUUUGGCUGUAGUUUCCUUCCUCUUCAUCACGUGUUUAGUGGUUAUUAUAUCAGUGAAGAUCUACAGAUGGAGGCAGUCUCGCGUCCUGUAUCACUCCAAUCUCCCUGUGAUUCCGUAUUAUCCACCACGUUACUCAGACACUUUGGGGACAGGGACUCUCCAACACGUGUACAACUACGAGGUGUGCAGGACGAAUGACUCCAGAAAGAGUGACUGUAAAUUCGGCACAGUCGGUAGUCAGAACGUGCUGAUAAUGGACCCCAGUUCUACUGGAACGAUGCAGCGGAUACAAAGUGAGAAGAACAUCCUGGAUGAACCAGACUCUCCUCUAGAGGUGAGAGCUUUUAUAUGUUGAAUUGUUAUCAUGUAAGUUAUUUUUUUAUUCAGUUAAAAAAUCAUGGUUGCCCUUUUGUCUAAAGUGUGCAUAAUAACCCAUAAGGUUUUACACACACAAGGGAUGUUUCUAGCCACUGGAGUUAUGAUUAUGAAUCCUAUUUUAUUGACAUUUGGGAUUUUCACCGUACAGGGACUUUUUGUUAAUGAAACAAGUGUUCA